CCGUCACGACCACCUCCCAGACAGUCAGCCAUCUCUCACCUUCAUAUCUUAAUACCAAGGCGCCGUGUCGUACCCUUUGAGGAGGCGUAAGAGAAGUAGGAACUGAACAUAACAACCUUGACACCACCAGUACCCCACCGACGGGAAACAACCACAAUGUGCCAAACAACCCUUUACAAAGACACGCAUUGCAAACACCGCUGGAUGCGCAUCACCACUCCUUGUCUCCCAGGCGCGGGCUUCAACACCUGUCCCUCUUUUUCCUACAACAACACACGCAACUACCACUACAACCACCAUUCUCCCGACGGCCUCUGCCACCAACCCCUUUGCCCCUACCAGCAACAUUCCCAUCCAAAUCACACCCCCAGCCACACCGCUACCUUUACCACUCCCAUUCAAGGCCAACUCCAAAUCCAAGGCCACAACGCCUGUCAAGUCCAUCUUCCCGGCCCUCCCUACCACCAAAUCCAACAUAACUGCCCCCACCACCAACACCUAGUAGCCAAGCCUGCUCCGCCCGCUUACAUCGCCCGCGGCGAACCGUGUCCGGAGUGUGACUUGAGGGGGGUUUACGAUCGGAAUCAGGUCAGGAUGGUUACCAAGAUUAAGAAGGGGAUUAAGCUUGGUGCAGGACCGAGUGGAGGGGACCCGGGGGUUGAGGUUCGGUGUUGUGUUAUGUGA